AGCAGUCACGCGGUCACGAUGUUAGCGCUUUGUAAGCAGGGUUUGGCUUGCGCGAGGUCGUCGCUGUCCUGUCCGUCGCCACGCCUCUUCCUACUCCGCGUCAGCCUUAUCCAACAACCAACACCAUUUUUAUAUUCCCCGUCGAUUCUUCGUCAACUAAUUGUAAGUGCGCUUUGUUUGGAAGCUCGAGAUGGAGAAUAUGGGAUUUGCUGUGAAUUACAUUGCGUCGCGGAAGGGGGAAAAGACGAGGACGGGAUGAGUGCUCCGGUGCAGUGGCAAUCCUGUUUUGCAUAAAUACUCCGUCUCCGCCGCGAUCUACUUCGCUCGCAAUAUUCUCUGGUAUAAUCUACAGAAUCUAACAAACCGAUACAGAAAAAUGGCUCGCCGUCCCGCUAGAUGCUACCGCUACUGCAAGAACAAGCCGUUCCCCAAGUCCCGGUUCAACCGUGGUGUCCCUGAUGCCAAGAUCAGAAUUUACGAUCUCGGCCGCAAGCGCGCCGGUGUCGAUGAGUUCCCUCUCUGCGUCCACCUCGUUUCCAACGAGUACGAGCAGCUCUCGUCCGAGGCUCUCGAGGCCGCCCGUAUCUGCGCCAACAAGUACUUCACCAAGACCGGUGGACGUGACGGUUUCCAUCUCCGUGUCCGUGUCCACCCCUUCCACGUCCUGAGAAUCAACAAGAUGUUGUCGUGCGCCGGUGCCGAUCGUCUUCAGACCGGUAUGCGUAACGCUUGGGGUAAGCCCCAGGGUCUUGUUGCCCGUGUCAACAUUGGCCAGAUCAUCAUGUCGCUCCGCACCAAGGAUGCCAGCAAGCCCAUCGCUAUCGAGGCUCUCCGUCGUGCCCGUUACAAAUUCCCUGGCCAGCAGAAGAUCAUUAUUUCCAAGAAGUGGGGUUUCACCUCGCUCGACCGUGACGACUACGUCACCAAGCGCCAGCGUGGUGAGGUCAAGGUCGACGGUGCCUACGUCAAGUUCUUGAAGAAGAAAGGACCCAUCGAGGAGGUCUUCCACCAGUUCCCCGACUACGCCGGUCUUGAGGCUUCGAGCUAAAUUACUCGACCGCGUGUAUUUGCAGGAGAUUGUAUAAAUUGACUGGGUUUGUUGGUUACCGGAAAGAAAAAAUUUAAAACUAUGAAUGGAUAUUGGAUAUAUGGGUGCUGUAUAAUUAUUUGUCUUCCCGACUUGGGUUCUGCAUACAUCGAAUAUAUUCAUGUCUUCAAUAAUUAUGAAGUCGUAGAUUUGGUAGAUGUAGAUAUUUGAGUGGAGU